AUGUGCUCUGAAAUUACUUCGAAAAUUCAAAGUGAUCUGGUCAAGGAAAACAAUGAAAUCUAUCGCAACAUUGUCGAGAUUUGCACAAGUUUAAAAACAAAUUUUAUCGAUGACUCAUUUCCGCAUAACAAAAGCUCAAUAGGAACUGUGAAGCAUCGAGUGAAUGGAGUCGAAAUCAGCCACGAUCCAAACUUCCUAAUAUGGCUUCGACCUACUGAAAUUAAUACCAAAGAUGGAAGACAAUAUCAAUGGACAAUAUACAAUAACCCGGUGCCAUCAGAUAUUGAACAAGGAAACUUAAUAGGCAACUGUUGGCUGAUGUCUGCGAUGGCUCUUAUUGCCGAAAAACAAAAUAUUCUUGCGGAGAUAUUCCCGAGAAAUGAGUAUUCACACAUAGGAGUUUAUCAAUUAAGGGUAUGCGUAGAGGGACAAUGGAAAGUGAUAAUCGUCGAUGAUUAUUUUCCUUGUUAUGCGCAAACUCGAUCACUUGGGAUGGCAAUUGGAAGGAGAAAUCAACUAUGGGUACCCUUGAUUGAAAAAGCACUAGCAAAGGCUGUUGGAAGUUAUUCGAAGCUUCAUGGAGCAUCUCUUACACAAGGUCUUUCAAUGUUAACUGGAGCUGCUUGUGUGAACUACAAUACGCCUGAGCAACCUACCGAUUUCGACACAUUUUGGGCGAAACUUGUUAGCUCAAAAGAAUCGGGAUUUUUAAUGUGCUGCGUUUGUGGUGGACGAGAAACUACAGUCGAGCAAGAUUAUAAAUCGCAAGGAUUACUCACAAAUCAUGCGUAUUCAAUUCUGGAUGUGGUAACAGUUCAUAAUCACCGUCUUAUGCGGAUUAGGAAUCCAUGGGGAUCAUUUGUAUGGAACGGAAAAUGGUCGGAUUCUUGGCCUCAUUGGCCUCCAGAUUUGAAACAAAAGCUUUUGUCAUGUCGAAAACGGGAAACAGGAGCAUUUUGGAUGGAACUUGAAGAUUUUAUUCGUUUAUUUUCAUUAGUUACCGUGUGUAAGGUUCAUUCGAAAUGGUCAGAACUUCGGUUUUCGCAAGUAAUCGAGUCGUACAACGAUAAUAAAUCGGAAGUUCUUCAAUUUAACGUUUCUCGAACAUGUGAAGCGUCUUUCAUGGUUUUCCAGAAAGGUUCGGUUGGAAUUGAUCAUGAAAAAGCGAAAGAUUUGAUGCUAUCAAUACAUCGUGUCUCAGGAAAUGGUCAAAUUGGUGAAUUGGUGGUUAGAACAAAUCGCGUUCCAGAUCGGCACGUUUCAACAGAUGAAACCUUCCUGACACCCGGCACAUACAUUGUUCUUUGUUUCAAUUUGAAGGAUCACGCCAAAAUUCCCGUAAAUAUUGUUGUGCACAGUUCGAAUGAAUUGAUCGGCGAGAAAGUUCUAUUUACGAGUUCGAUGUAUACCCAAGCACUCCAUCAAAUCGUAAUGAAAGAUGGAACUUUGAUGCAAACAACCGAAGGUAGUAUUUGUGUUCGAGUGCUUACCGUUAAUUUCCGUGGAAUGAUCAUGGUGGCUGAGAACAAUUUGGAGAAUCGCUAUUUGCACAUUUCGGCUGAUUUCUCUGAAUCAAUGAACAUACAGUCGUCGAGAGGGGCACUAAUAAUUGCUAAUGUUAUUCCACCACUCCAGAAAGAAAUUGUUGUUAUAUUGUCGACAAUUGAUGAUAUGGCUCAAUAUCGGAUAUCAAAUAACCUUAAGACCAUGGUGUGUUCUAAAAAGUAUCUGGCUAAGGAAAUAUGUUACGAGGCCGCUAUGUUUCAUCCUAAACUUAGCCGUUAUCCUGCUAUCAAAGAUGAUUUGUCCAGUGUCAUCCACAAAUGUGUUUCCGUCUAUUCAACUCUUCAAUAG